AUGCGUUCCCUCACCUUUUAUCUCUCGGCGUCGACCGCCUUAAGUCUCCUGUCCGCGCCUCUCAUCUUCGCGCGUCAUCCUAUCUCACACCUUGAACAUCCGCCCGCGACUGCGCAGACUCCGGUGGUCAAACAUGUGCUGAAGGAGGGGAUGUUGCUUCGUCGUGCUCCGGUGCGUUCGCAUUCGUGUCGAGGGAGGAAAAGACAUGAUAGGCGGGAUGGCCCUGGGCAUGAUGAUGAGCAUGGGCAUGGGCACGGGCAUGGGCAUGGGCAUGGAUGUGAUCCGCAUCCCAAGCGUAACCACAAGGAGACUGAUCACAAACAUCGUCACAAGGGAGACAAGACCAAGUCCAGGAAUGAUCAUCGUCACCACCACCACCGCCCCAACCGUGGGCACGACGCUAGUUCCACGUCCUCGUCGUCGCAACAUCCCGAUACUCACACCCACAAGAAGCACGUUCAGAAGCCCGACAAAGUGCACGGCUCCGUUCCCGACCCUACGACCGGCUCCGGCGAGAAAGGGAAAUCCGGUACCCAUGAUCCUCAAGGUAAACAGCCGCAACCUGUUGGAUCGACGACGCCCACUCCUGGUGGUGGUGGAAGUGGGAGUGGGGAUCCACCUAAGGGAAAGGACCCGUCUAAGAAGGACGGCUCUCCUAAGAAAAAGGAGGACACGCCUCCUACGACGCCGAAGCUGACGCCGGGCCCUGGGAAGGGUAGGAAGAUUACGAGUUAUACGGGAGCGAUGGUGAGUUCUUUAACACUUCCGUUGAUCGGACGCGUGGAUGGCCGGGGAGAAACAGUUACUGAUUAGUUGUUUGGGAUGUUGGUGUGCAACAGCAAGGAAAUGCUACUUUCUAUGCAGUCGAUGACGAUGGGAGGGGCAACUGCUUGUUGCCUGUUCGCACGGAUAGGGUACCUUCGACCCUGGCCUCCUAUCAAAUUAACCCAAUCACAUGCUCAAGCUAACUCAACUCUUCUUGUGCGUUCUAAUCCUCUCAGAUGUUUGCGGCGAUCAACAAUGAUGGAUGGGCCGGUUCUGCGCAAUGCGGGAUGUGCGUUCGUGUCGAGACGUUGGAUGGAAGCCGUAGUACGACGGUGAUGAUCACGAACCGAGUAAGAUUUCGACCCCGACCCCAGUCCCCAUUUUCCCCAUUUUCCCGCGCUCUCACACUGAUCCUCAAGCUCAUCUCGCUACCAGGAACCCGUGGACGACAACGGCGCCCUCGAUCUCUCCGAAGCAGCCUUCACAGCUUUGGCCGAAAGGAAAGUCGGGAGGUUGUUGGUCAAUUGGACGCCUCUUGAUUGCCACGAGGCGGGAUUGGUGUCGGGCAAGCCUUCGGUCGUUUGGUGAGUUGGUAUUUCGACUCGUCGAUGGAGGGUGGAGAGAUCUGAAAGUGGUGGCUCAUUAUUUUGUGGUGAUACAUGUGCAUAGGAAAACUGGUUCCACUAAAGAUUGGUUCGCGGUCCAGGUUCGCGAAUCCGCCCUCCCUCUAGCCCAAGUCUCCAUCCGCGUCACCGCUCCCGCCAACACCACGUCCACCCCAUCGGCCCCGGACUCUCCCUCCUGGAUUCCACUCCAUCGAACGGACUACAACUUCUGGCUCGCCGAACAUGGUCUUGAGGAUGGUAAAGGAGGGAAAAGUGAAGGACCUUUUGAUCUGUUGGUCGAAUAUCAGGAUGGGUCGAAGAUCGUUUUGCCUGCGGUCAAGUUGAACAGCGAGGUGUUGAAGCAGGGUUGA